AUGACCAUCACAUACACAAACUAUGUGGCCAGUGCUCGCCUGGGCUCCUCUUUAAGCUUGCUCCUGUGCUGGCGUGGCAGUAUCUACAAACUACUCUAUGAAGAAUUCUUCAUCUUCAUGUUUCUCUACUAUGGCAUUCACUUUGUCUAUGGGAUGGCCCUCUUGUGGGAUCAGUAGGUGAUGUUUGAGAAGCUGGCUCUGUACUGUGACAACUACAUUCAACUCAUCCUUAUAACCUUUGUGCUGGGUUUCUACUUGACUCUGGUAGAGACCCGCUGGUGGAACCAGUUCGAGAGCUUGCUGUGGCCAGACCGACUCAUGACGCUGGUGUUAGGCUUCGUGGAGGUCAAGGACGAACAAGGCCGGGCACUGCGUUGCAGGCUUGAUCUGGGCCAAGUGCUCAUCACGCGCAGCGUCAAUAUCGCAGUCUACAUGUGCUUGCCCAGUCUCGAACACCGGGUGCAAGCAGGUUUUAUGAUCCCCGGUGAACAUAAGCAAUUGCAGAACUUGGGCGUACCACACAACCCAUUCUGGGCGCCCUGGAUGUGGUUUUCCAGCCUGUUAAUGAAGGCCUGGACUGGAGGUUGAAUCCGGGACCCUAUUCUCCUCUCUCCUGCCCUUCAGGAGAUGGGCAUCCUGCAUAGUCAGUGUAGACAGCUGUAUGCCUAUGGCUGGAUCAGUAUUCCACUGGUGUACACAUGGAAGGUGACAGUGGCAGUGUACAGCUUCUUCUUUGCAUGCCUGGUUGGGCGGCAGUUUCUGAACCCAGCCAAGAACUACGCAGGCCACCAGAUGGACCUUGUGGUGCCUGUCUUCACAAUCCUGCAGUUCUUAGUCUACAUGGGCUGGCUGAAGGUGGCGGAGCAGCUCAUUAACCUCUUUGGAGAGGAUGAUGAUGAUUACAAAACCAACUUUAUCAUUGACAGGAAACUGCAGGUGUCCCUGUUCUGUGUGGAUGAUGUGCAUCAAGACCUACCUCCACUGGAGAAAGACAUGUAUUGGAAUGAGGUACCUACCCCCCCCUACACAGCUGCUUCUGUCCAGCACCGGAGACCUUCUUUCUUGGGUUCCACCUUUAACAUCAGCUACUUCAAAGAUGACGAGGAGGAGGAAGAGGAGGCUAUUGGCUGCUUCCUAGGACAGCAGUCCAAUGACCACCAUCCUCCCAGAACAGACUCACAGACCAAACUACUAUGGUCCAGGAAAGAAUCCAACAGCCAGCCUAAGAAUGCCAAGCAGAACCCUAUGGACCAGGAAGACAACGGUGCCUGUAAACUUAAGGGGCUGGAUGCCUUUAGGUCUACUUCAAUGUUUGAGAGGCCAGUCUACCACAGUGCCCCCCAGACACCCCUCAGUCAUACUCCCAUGGUCUUCCCUCCUCAGCAGGCAGCACUCUCCAAACCUUACUUAGUCUCUAAAGCCAACAACUCAAAUUGGCCUAUGCCUUCUGGAGCCAAGGACACUUUUGAAUUGCUCCAAGGUGAUGGGGCUUCCAUGGAGCACCCAGAAGUAGGUCCCAGGAAGAGGAAAACUGUGGAGUUUAAGCUGGAUAUUCCAAACAGCCCCAGAGACCAUCCCAAAGAAGUGCAUUUCGACCAAGUGCCAAGCAACACACACACUAUACUCAAAGAGUAUGUAGAUCCCCCUCCUGCCCCGGAAAACAGGUCUGUCCACCCAAACCAGGGCUGCAUUCCCUGGAGCAUAGUUCCAUUUCUCCGAGCCUUCCUCCACAAUUUCCCAGGAUUUCAUUAG